CUACAAUUACCAAGAGAGCAUUUGAAAAAAAAUGUCUACUAUUUACCGAUAGAUUUUGACAAAGAAGAUUGUAAGAAUAUAGAAGCGGAAGAUCGAUCGACAAGGCGCUACUCAUAGCGUGGGUAUCGAAAAAGGGUGUAGUAGGGUGUUUAAUCGGCGGCGAUCGUGGGGGUGGUGGCGGCGACGGCGUCGAGAGCUCCCUAUGACGUCAUUUCUCUGGACUGUGGAAACAACAUCUCGAAAGGGGAUGGAAGCUCGUCGAGAGGGACGCCGUCUUCUUCCUUAUUAUUCUCGAGGACGCGAUAACGGGCGUGUUAAGUGGUAACUGUGGAGGUUUGGUUGGACAAGCGGCAACGACACGAUAUAAAAAAAAGGAACAAGAUAGGGAGAAGAACGGCGGCGGCGGCGGGGUGGCGGCGGGGCGGCGGAGGGGCGACGAAGUUCAACGCAAGUGGCCAUUGAAAAGAAGAUAAAAGACCAGCAGUCAUCGUAUAACCCGGGUAACAAACGGCUCUUGACUCCGCCGUCGAGGGACGACAAGCAACAAGCGUUCUCGAGCGGCGCGCGAGACCGGGCAUCGAUUUAGCCGGGAAAACAUGACACCGAGGAGAGACCAAAGGAGAGACCAACGUCGUCCAUCCUCUGGACGUACGAUAACGUGCGAAAAACAGACGGCAAUUGACGGGACAGAUGUACAUCGGAAAGCGAGGGACACGGCACGCCUGUAGAUACCGAUAUGCCGGACUAGAGCGUGAGAGCGGAUAGUACGCUAGAGAGAAGAGUUCAAGUUCAUUCUCUUGAAUUAAUAAUAAUUAUAACUUGAAAAACUAUUAACAAACAAAGCGAAUCGAGCAGUAGGAAGUGAGAGAGAGAGAGAGAGAGAGAGAGAGAGCGUAGGAUAGACCGUAGGCUAGCGUUGUUUGCUAGCGAAAGAGUAAAGGUCGGAGAGAUAUUGUUGCGAAUGUUAAGAAACGGGUAGAAAUCGAGAGAAUGAGCCACGCUCAACAGCAUGUGCUUGCGAGCGCCAUAGUCCUCGCUCUGAUAGUGGUCUUCGGUAUCCACGUCUUCCUCUUUCCCAUGUACACCUCCAGUCCGGCGCCCAGGCAUACGAAGAUCUCAUCGUACGAGCAAGCAUUAUGUCGAACCAAUCUGAAGAACGUCAGAGUACCACCAGAAUGGAGGAACCCUUGUCCGAAAUAUGGAAUCGUCACGGCUGUUCAGGGUGGUCGACUCGGCAAUCAAAUUUGGGAGUAUGCCUCGGUAUGGGCCACUGCUAGGAGAACCGGCUUAGAACCGUUCAUGCCUCGUUGCAUACUCAAGACUCUCGAGGAACAUUUCGAAAACCUCAGUAUACCACCUUUGAGUUAUAUCGGAAGAUGUACUCUUGAUGUCGGCCAAGUGGUCAACUCGCUUGGUCAAUGGAACAGCACCGAACAGAACAUCAUCAUACCGAGGCACGCAGCAUACUGGUCCCUGAUUUUUGUCUGGUUGGACGACGUACGUCGAGAAUUUACAUUCAAAGCAAGUUUAAGAGCUUACGCUAAUACGGUAUUACGUGACGUGGCAGACAAAUUCAAUCUCUCCCAGCCGACUUACGUAAGCGUACACGUUAGGAGGACCGAUUACGUCGAUUAUCUCUGGCAAAAGCUUAAAGUCAGGCCGGCACCGAUAAGUUAUUACUUCGCAGCGAUGGACUACUUCCUCGGGAAAUACGAUAACGUUGUAUUCGUUGUUACCAGCGACAAUAUAGCCUGGUGCAAAUACAAUCUACGUAGCAAACGUCACAGAAUAAGUUUCGUUUCGGAAGCCGAUGGUAGAGGACCCGGUAAGGAUUUAGCUGUCUUGUCCGUAUGCAAUCACAGCAUCAUAGAUUACGGCACCUACGGUUCCUUCGGAGCUAUUUUAGCCGAUGGCGAAACUGUCGUUUAUAACGUAACCACAUACUUUUCCACCUUGAUCGCUGAGGCCUUACCCAAGUGGAGGAUUAUGAGUUGAACCAAACCAUAGGAUAAGAUUCACAACAAAAUAACCCCGAAAUAUAACGUUAACGAAUAGUCGUUAAUCCAUUUCGGUGAAUCCAAUUGCUCUCCUUGGCAAGGUAGAUUGAAACGAAAGGAUAGAUAGAUAGAUAGAUAGAUAGACAGAUAGAUAGACAGAUAGAUAGAUAGAUAGAUAGAUAGACAGAUAGAUAGAUAGAUAGACAGAUAGAUAGAUAGAUAGAUAGAUAGAUAGACAGACAGAUAGAUAGAUAGAUAGAUGAAAGCAAGGAAUGCGGGCUAAAUUUCUAAUAAGAUAUUGAAAUAAAAAGCAACCUUUGUACGUACAAAUCUGGAUCUUAAGAUUAGUAAGUUGUGCGUGUCGUGUGCGAGUGCGGGUGCGGGUACGUGUCGUGUUACGUAUUUCUUUCCUUUUUUUUUCUUUAACUUCUCUUAUUUUUCCUAAACAUUCCGAAUUCGUGAAUUCUUCCUCUUCCUCUUCAACUUGUUCGUUUCGAUACUCGACAGGCUUUCUCGCAUCGACUAAAUUUGUUCGUAAAUUUUCUUUCUCUUAAAUGAUGACGGUUAUCGAAUUUCAUUCUGACGCGUCUGCAACAUAUACGAUACGAGCCGUUAUUUUUCAGAAUGGUAGAUCCGAUUUUGCAACGAAAAAUAAAAUCAGAACAAAUUGGCGUAGAAAUUGGUUUUCUCUCGAAAAUUGACGUUCCAAUGGAGAAAUAUCUAAGAAAAUGAUAUUUUUCAACAAAUCUGCAUUUGUAUACAUUUAAUUCUGUUUUUACGCGGCAAAUACGUUCCAUAUAAAAAGAUUGCAAAUCUAUUCGAACAAUUUGGAUUUGUACAUAUUUUCAUAAGACAAUUUUUGCGACUUCGAAUCGAUUAUUUUCCUAAUGAAAAAAAAAAUGAAAAAAUAAUAAAAAAUCUGAAUGAAAGACUGAUUGUCGCACAAACGUUCAAAUAAAUCGUUAAAAAGAAGAAAAAGGAAAAGAAACAAAAAGUCUUAAGAUUAAUAAAGACGAACACGAGUAGCAGCCUUAAGUGCACAAACUUAUGAAGAUUCUUUUGUUUUGUUUUUUUCUAAACUUGAAACAAAAAA